AUCGAAAUCAAUCAGGCACUGCAGGUAGAACAACAACAACAGCUAUCCUAUGCCAAAGCCAUUGCCAUGGGUAAUAAACCGGCUAAAGCGAAAAGUUAUGAGGAGGUUAUAAAAAUGGGUACCAAUUCGGAAUGUCUUAGUGUACCCAUUAAGGAGGGUAAUGAUGCCGAACAUGUAUUGUAUCGCGUUAAACGUGGCUCCACAGUACAUGUCCAUCCCGAUGCUGGUCUGUUGGGAAAGGAAAUUGUUCUCUAUACCAAUUAUCCGAUGGAGGGUCGCAAAUUCAAGCGUACGGAAUAUCGUAUUUUAUAUUGGUAUUUGAAAAAUGGUACCAAAAUCACCACCAAUAAAUACAAUUCAGCCCAUGUGGUGGAUACGGAUAUAUAUACCGAAGUUAAAAUGACAAUGUCGGGAACAUUUCGUUUUUGGUUCCACUACAAAGAUUGUCCUAAGCAAGUACCUGCUGGAUCUCUUUACAUACAAGUGGAACCAAUAUUACAUGUUGGCCCUAUUGGAGCCCAAAAAGUUAUACCCUUGGAUUCUGUACGUUGUCAAACGGUGUUGUCUAAGCUAUUGGGUCCCAUUAACACCUGGGAACAGAAAUUGCGUGUAACCAAAGAAUCUGGUUACAAUAUGAUACAUUUUACACCCAUCCAGGAAUUGGGUGCCUCGAAGUCGGCUUAUUCGCUACGCAAUCAAAAUCGUGUAAAUCCUCAUUUUGCUCCCUCGAAGGGUGUCAAGGUGACUUUCGAUGAUGUGGAGAAAAUCGUUAAGAAAUGUCGCCAAGAAUGGGGGGUUGCCUCCAUUUGCGAUAUCGUCUUGAAUCAUACCGCCAACGAAUCGGAAUGGUUAUUGGAGUAUCCUGAUGCCACCUACUCGUGUGCCACCUGUCCCUAUUUGAGACCAGCCUUUUUACUCGAUGCUGUACUGGCCAAAUGCGGUGAAGACAUUGCCAAUGGCCUGCUCGACAGUGUCGGGGUACCAAAAAUUAUCGAAUGGGAAGGCCAUCUGGAAUCGUUGAGUUUCCAACUACAUACCGUCUACCUUCCCAAGGUCAACAUUCACGAACUCUAUCAAUGUAAUGUCAUGAAAUACACCAACGAAUUUAUUACACAAUGUCGUCAGCGGGAACCUCCAACCAAUGUGGCCAAGACGGAACGUUUCGAGGAAGUUAAAUUAAUUACCGACCCGGAAUAUCGUCGUUUUGGAGCUACUGUUGAUUUGGAACUGGCCAUGGACAUUUUCAAUGCCUUCCAUCCGGAUUGUUUCGAUGAAGAGGCCCGUUUGCGUAAAUGUGCCGAUACCUUCCGACGCCAUUUGGAAUGGUUGAAUGAGGGGGUGCGCUCUGAGAUCCAGGAUUAUCUCAACUAUGCCAUUGGCAAUUGUUUGGCUGGCAUCCGCUAUGAACGUGUCCAAGAGGAUGGACCGAGGAUUCGCGAAAUAUCCGAAAAGCAUAAAAUCUUCAUGGAAUAUUUCACCAAAACCAAGGCCUUGGGUAAAUCUUUGCAGGAGAUCGAAGAGGGCAUGUACGGCAAAAUGGGUGAAUUCUUUAUGGCCCACAACGGCUGGGUCAUGGGUGCCAGUGAUCCGCUAAAAGAUUUUGCCGAAAAACAACCCGGCCACGCCAAUGUCUAUUUGAAGCGAGAACUCAUUGCCUGGGGUGAUAGUGUCAAACUACGCUAUGGACGUCGUCCUCAAGAUAGCCCCCAUCUCUGGAACCAUAUGACGGAAUAUGUUCAAACCACCGCUCGCAUCUUCGAUGGUGUCCGUUUGGAUAAUUGCCAUUCAACGCCGUUGCAUGUGGCCGAAUAUCUAUUGGAUGCUGCACGAGAAGUUAAUCCUGAUUUGUAUGUUGUGGCUGAGUUGUUUACGAAUUCCGAUGCCACAGAUAAUGUGUUCGUAAAUCGUUUGGGUAUUACAUCGUUGAUUAGAGAAGCUCUGUCUGCAUGGGAUUCCCAUGAGGAGGGUCGUCUGGUCUAUCGUUAUGGUGGCGAACCGGUGGGAGCAUUCUUUGUUAAUCCCAAACGUGAUUUGGCACCGAAUAUUGCCCAUGCCUUAUUCAUGGAUCAGACUCACGAUAAUCCAUCGCCAGUGGAGAAGCGUUCCGUUUAUGAUUUGUUGCCUUCGGCUGCCUUGGUGUCGAUGGCUUGCUGUGCCACCGGCAGUAACCGUGGUUACGAUGAAUUGGUGCCACAUCAUAUCCAUGUGGUCGACGAGGAGCGUACCUAUCAGGAAUGGGAGAAGGGUGUCAGCUUCACCAGCGGCAUUGUUGCUGCCAAACGGGCAUUGAACAUCCUACACGGCCAGCUGGCCGAGGAGGGUUUCAAUCAAGUUUUUGUCGAUCAAAUGGAUCCAAAUAUUGUGGCCAUUACCCGACACUCACCCAAGACCCAUCAAAGUGUCAUUCUGGUUGCCCACACCUCAUUUGGUUAUCCUCACCCGAAUGCUGGUCCAACAUUUGUUCGCCCCCUACGUUUCGAAGGCCAUCUGGAAGAGAUUAUUUUGGAGGCCGAAUUGCAUAUGAAAGGUGAUAAACCCUUCGAUCGUCCAGUGCCCUUCAAGAAGGAUCCCAAGGUUGUGAAUGGUUAUCAACAAUUCCAGCUGAAAUUGCGCGAACAUAUCCCAUUGGAAAAAUCGCAAAUCUUUAGACCCCAUCCCGCCUAUGAUGGCAAUGUGACACAAUUGGAAUUGAUUAACUUGCGUCCGGGUUCAGUGGUUGCCAUUCGUGCUUCGUUGAAACCGGAUAUUGGUAAAAACUUUGUUAAUCUGCAAACCAUCACCGAGUCGCUCCAUCACAAGAAGGGUUCCCACUACGAAGAAUUGGUUAAGAUCGUGGAUAAGCUAGAUUUUACCGAUCUCAAUCGUGCCUUGUUCUCGUGUGAUCAAGAAGAGCGUGAUUUGGGCUUUGGUGGAGCCGCCUAUGACAUACCCGAUUAUGGGCCAGUGGUGUAUUGUGGUCUGCAAGGUUUUGUCUCCUUGCUAACAGAAAUUUCACCUAAAAAUGAUCUGGGCCAUCCAUUGUGUAAUAAUUUGCGUGAUGGUGAUUGGAUGAUGGAUUACAUAGCGGAUCGUUUGACACAUCACGAUGGAACAAAGGCUCUUUCGAAAUGGUUAAAAUCUGCCUUUGAUCCUUUGAAGAAGAUACCACGCUACUUAAUCCCCUGCUACUUUGACGCCAUUGUCAGUGGGGUCUAUGAAGUGCUGGUGAAGAGGGUUUACGCGUUAAUGCCAGAAUCCGUGCGUGAUGGCCACGAUUUCCCACAAGCAUUGGCCUUGGCCACUUUGCAGUUCCUAACUGUAUGCAAAUCGGCAAAUUUGCCACCCCUCAGCCCCUCAUUGGCACCACCAAAACCACCACAGCAAUGUGUCACCCUCUCCGCAGGUUUGCCACACUUCUCCACCGGCUAUAUGCGUUGUUGGGGUCGUGACACCUUCAUUUCCUUACGUGGUCUCCUUUUGUUGACCGGUCGUUUCACCGAAGCCCGCUACAUUAUUCUCGGCUUUGCCCAGUGUCUGCGUCAUGGUUUGAUACCCAAUCUCCUGGACAAUGGAACCAAACCACGUUACAAUUGUCGUGAUGCCGUUUGGUGGUGGUUGCACAGCAUUAAGCAGUACAUCGAUCAUGUACCCCAUGGCAAGGAUAUUUUGCAGGAUAAGGUGUCUCGCAUUUUCCCAUAUGAUGACUCCGAACCUCAUCCUCCAGGAAAAUUCGAUCAAGUCCUGAUUGAUGUCAUGCAAGAAGCGUUGAAGGUACACUUCCAGGGUUUGCAAUAUCGUGAAAGGAAUGCUGGCUAUGAAAUUGAUGCCCACAUGACCGAUAAUGGGUUCAACAAUCAAAUUGGUAUUAAUCCCGAAACUGGUUUUGUGUUCGGUGGUAAUCAAUGGAAUUGUGGUACAUGGAUGGAUAAAAUGGGUUCUUCGGAAAAGGCUGGUAAUCGUGGUCGACCAAAUACUCCACGUGAUGGUUCAGCUGUGGAAUUGGUGGGCUUGCAAUAUGCUGUGCUGAGAUUUAUGCAAUCCCUUCAUGAGAAGGGUAUUAUUGAAUAUGAUUCGGUGACCAGGAAGGGUCCCAAUGGUCAAACCACCAAAUGGACCUGGAAGGAAUGGGCAAAUCGCAUUGGUGAAAAUUUCGAGAAAUUCUUCUUUGUCACCGAAACGGAAAAGGCACCCUUGGCCAACAAGAAAAACAUCUAUAAGGAUUGUUAUGGUGCAUCACAGCGCUGGACCGACUAUCAGCUGAGAUGUAAUUUCCCCAUUAGCAUGGUUGUGGCCCCGGAAAUAUUUAAUCCCCAACAUGCAUGGGUUGCGUUAGAAAAAGCCAGAGAACAUUUAUUGGGCCCAUUGGGCAUGAAGACUUUGGAUUCAAGCGAUUGGAACUAUCGUGGCAACUAUGACAAUUCGAAUGAUUCCACCGAUUGUACAGUAGCCCAUGGUGCCAACUACCAUCAAGGACCCGAAUGGGUAUGGCCUAUUGGUUAUUAUCUUAGGGCCCGUUUGAUAUUUGGUAAAAAAUGUGGUCAUCUAAAUGAAACUAUUGCAGAAACAUGGAAUAUUUUGAGAGCCCACUUAAAGGAGAUUCAAACUUCGCAUUGGCGUGGUUUGCCAGAAUUAACAAAUGAAAAUGGAGCCUAUUGUCGUGAUUCGUGUCGUACACAAGCCUGGAGUAUUGCUGCUAUAAUGGAGGUCCUUCAUGAUCUUCACAGUUUAGGCGGUGAUGUUUAAAAUUCGAUGAUUGUGUAGCUACUGCCA